AUGGUGCCGCUGCCGCUGUUUAAGCUGGGAUCGCUGUUUCUGAGGCACAUUUCCAAAUAUGGCGCGGUAGGUUAUGUUGACCAGACCCCUGGGGUGGCCCUGAACCCCGCCAGCCCACCGACCGAGGACACGAUUGCUGACGCAGACGACGGCGACGGGCAGAAUCACAUCAAGAAGCAGGCGCACGACCACGCACGGUUCCGCGCGUUCGCGGCGCGGUACGGACAGAUGAUGCAUCAGCUCAACAUGCGAAUGUCGGUGGCGCUGCUGCGCGACCCGGAGGCCGAGCGGCGCGCCAAGGAGAAGGCGGAGGCGCCGACGGUGAAGACGGAGGCGCAGACGCGGCGAGAGGAUGAGGCCAAGGCCCGAGAGGAGGAGAAGGCGGCCAAGACGAAGAGCACUGCACCGACCACCGGGCCCACGACGACGACGAGGCAGAGGCAGAGGAGGCAGCCGUUUCAGAACAUCUGGACGCGCAAGUUCCGGGCGCUGCCGGAGGACAAGGCGGUGGACCUGUUCGCGGACGUGGUGGGCGACACGUUCAUCCUCGGGGUGGCGGUGGCGCUGAUCCUGUACGAGUACUGGCGGGCACAGCAGAAGCCGGACAGCAACAAGGAGCGGAUCGAGGAGCUGACAAGGCGGCUGGAGGAACGGGAGGAGGCGGAGGAGGGCCGGCGACGGAGGUUGGAGGAGUUGGAGCAGGCUGUGGCGGCGCUGCGUGGUGGUGGUGGUGAGUCUGGGAAGAAGCAAGCGCCGGAGCCGGGGCCGGUACGGUCGGUGCCGGAAGCAGCGGCCACGGCGUGA